GCCUCCUCAGGCCUCUCCUCCCCCCUCCUGGCAGGAACGUAGCACGCUCCAGCUCAUCUCGGUUCUCUCAGGAGGACUGAACCACUGAGGGCGUGGCAGGGUGGAGGGGUGGGGGGUCGUGCUAGCAGGGAGGAGCGCUGCAGUGAAACUGGGAAAGGCUGGCAUCUUCCUCCCUCAGUCCUGCCUCAGCGUGGGAUGCUCUCUGCAAAGUCCACGGCAGAUUUUUCAUUUCCUGAAAACAACACCACCAAAAAAACCCCAAAACAAACGGAUAUACUUCAAGAUUAUUUGUCCUGGGUCAAACUAAUGAAGACUCCAGAUUGGAUUUUUGAUUUUCCUCCCACAAUACAUGACUGCAGCGACUUUGACUUUCUACUUUCAACCAAAUAAUAAAACAAGCAAAUGAUGAGAGAUCUCUAUAGGAUUUAGUUUUUGGUCACCAAACAGUGCAAACAAGUGUUAUAACACACGUCCAUUGUGUUAUCUUUCUGCUAGAAGAGACAGGAAACUCGCCUUUUAGUUCCCCCAUUAUUAAAUGCUGAUAUAGCUGAAAUGGCGGACCAUUACCAGAACAACGUGUACCACCAGGGAGGCGGGGACAGCUAUGGGACUUACGGAGAAGGCGGCGGUCCUGACGGCUACGGCUACCAGGCGGAUUAUCCUCCUCAGGAAGAGGACGCAGCGAGCGACGUGACGGAGGGACACGACGAUGAAGAUCAGAUGUACGAAGGAGAAUACCAGGGGAUUCCACAUCCUGAUGAGGUGAAGGCCGCACAGAGAGCCGCACGGGAGAAGUCCAGAGAAGGCGGCAGCGCUGCGUCUGAGCUAGAGGAGUUAUCGGAGCAGUAUGAGGACAUCAUGCAGGACUGCGGCCACGGGAAGUUCCAGUGGAUGCUCUUCAUGGUGCUGGGUCUGGCUCUCAUGGCCGACGGAGUCGAAUGCUACGUGGUGGCGUUCGCUCUGCCGUCAGCCGAGAAGGACCUUUGUCUGUCCAAUGCGGAGAAAGGGAUGCUGGGUAAGAGCUGACAUCAUAAAUACCACUGAA